GUGUCAUAACAUUACAGCUAAUGCGUUCAUAACAUCUUCACGGAGACAAGCAGGUGGUGGAUCCUCCAUCUGAAAAGUUGCUUAAUGCACCUUUAACCCCUGAUUUCCCUACUUUGGACAAAACAAUAAACUUCUGCAUCCAUGGAGACCCCGGAGCCAGGUCCAGCUGAUGGUGAGGAACGAAUGGUGGAGCUGAGACCUAGAACUCGCUCCAACCCCGAGGGAGCAGAGGACCGCCGGGGCAGCACGGGCAGCCUGGGGGGUAACAGCAACGGCAGCAUCCCUCAGCCUGCAGUGGGGAGCCGAGUGGAGGGAGAGGGAGAAGCGUCCACCAGUGACAGUCCUCCCAGCUCCACCACCGCCUCCGUGUCUGUCACUGUGGCUCAAACGGCGCCACCUACUGCUGCCGCUGCUGUGGCCGGCCCCAGUACUGCAGGGUCUAGCUCUAACGCUGCUGCUGGUGCUGCUGCUGUGGUUAAAGAGAGGCCCAAACCUGCACAGAGCCAACCCCCAAUCAGUGCCAGCAUCCCCCCUCCAGCAGAGUACCAGCUGAGGGUCCCACGGGUCAACUGUCCAGAGAAAGUGAUUAUUUGCUUAGAUCUGUCUGAAGAAAUGUCUCUGCCAAAGUUGGAGUCCUUUAAUGGGUCUAAAACCAACGCCCUGAACAUUUCUCAAAAGAUGAUUGAAAUGUUUGUGAGGACAAAGCACAAAAUCGACAAACGGCACGAGUUUGCUCUGGUGGUGGUCAACGAUGACGCCUUAUGGCUGUCUGGCUUCACCUCUGACCCCAGAGAACUGUGCAGCUGCCUGUACGACCUGGAGACCAAUGUGUGCGAGUCAUUCAACCUUGAAGAUCUAUUAAAUGUUAUUCGACAGAAGAUUGAGUUGCCAAUGAUGGAGAAUGUGCAGACGAUUCCUCCUCCGUAUGUGAUUCGAACAGUUCUGAUCUACAGCCGACAGGCAGGACCUCUGCAGUUCAGCCCCUCAGAGGCCGUCAAUAAAAUGCUUCAGUCUCCAUAUUUCUUCUUUGACGUUGUGUACCUUCACAAUGGCAUGGACGAACAUGGAGAUGAGACCAGCUGGAGGGAAAACUAUACGUCCUUCUGUAACCUGGACUCUAAGGGCAUGUGCUACCGUUAUGAGGUGUCUCUGUGUGGACCGGCCAUAGAACUGCACAACUGUAUGGCCAAGCUGCUGUCCCACCCGCUCCAGAGACCCUUCCAAAGCCAUGCCUCCUACAGCCUUCUGGAGGGGGAGGAUCCACAGGACGGAGAGGCAACUGUCUGAUCUAAUGUAUGAAGAAUGUCAUUUACUGAACUCCAACUGGCUAUCUUUACAUGUGCACCACCUAGGCCUGUCACGAUAACAAAGUCUGAUGUGUGAUUUACUGCUCAAGAAAGUAUCCACCUUAUUUUGGAAGUUGCCGUGGGCGACACCAUCAUCAUUCGAGUUGUAUUAUUUUGUUUGGGGCUGCAGAUCCUAAGCAAAUUAGUUCAAUAAGGAUUAUAAAGCAUCCCAGAGAAUCAGUUCAGUGUUGACAAAUGAGCCUACUUUAAGUAAUAUUUCAGCUGCAAAACUUUUCUCAAAUUCUUAAUGAAUGGGAUCCACAUUUAACAGGAAGUGCCAUAACAAGAAGUUCUUGCGCCUCGAGAUCACACACACGUGAAGAAACUGAUCUUGUGAGAUUGUUUAUCAUUUAGUUUACAUCUAGAGUGGAAUUAAAAGAGUUAAGGGCUAGUAAAUGACAAAAAGAAGGUCUACUACUACUGUUACUACAAAAAUAUGAAAUUAGGCCAAAAUCGCAAACGGGAUCACACAAGUAUUUUAUGAUACAUUAUUUCAAAGUCUCAUCUUGUCUUCUUUUUGUGGACCUAAUCUCGUGUCCCGUCUUGUGGAAAUCGUGCCUCGUCCCACCCCUAAUGAUAAUACAAUACAGUAAUUACCGUGACAGGCCUCAGUGAGUGUUAUCUGAUUCCUGGAGUUGUUAAAAUUAUAUGUGGAAAUCUAAACUUGAUGUGAGUAAUCUGAUUGUUAUUAAUUACAAAUGAUCUCAUUUCUGCACCAAUAAUCAGAUCUCCAGUUGUCAGAUUUCACUGUCCAUGUAAAUGUAGCCACUGUUAAGUUAUCUAAGGAGGAUGGUGUUGGUGGGGCUGAAGUCAGGGUAAAGCGAAAAUACAAUGAAUGACAUGCACUUAAAAGACUGCACAGCUGAAAAGUAGAAAAUGAAAAAGGAAGAUAUUAUGUGACAGUUAUGUUCUUAAAGCUGCACUAUGUAACAUGUCAUGGACUUGCUUGUCUGCUUGGAGAUGUUAUUGCGUUGCCUGCAAUGUUCCACAAUCUGGCAUUACAGUUAUCUAUUUUGGAUUUUCAACGGGUGUUUUAUUACAAAAAAAAUUGCCUAAAACAAGGUUACCUCUGUCAUUUGCCCUGGCGGCUUCACGUGCUUGUCUCCAUGGUGAUUAAUAAGUUUAAUGUUAUAACUGUGGUGGAUUCCAGACUAAGCAAUCACAUCUCCAUGGUAACAGGUGUCUACAUCAGAAAAGUUACACAGUACAGCUUUAAAAGUAACACUACAGCCCCUCUGUGCAGACCACUCUGUCUCCUGUUAUUUUUAUGUUUUUAUUUGUAAUGUUCUUUCUUACUGUGGCCCAUUGUACUGUCAACUUCACUCUCAUUCUGAACAAUAGGAUGUAUAAUAAAUAAUUUACUUUUUA